UUAUAAAGGGAAAAGGGUCAGAUACACCCCUAACGUUUGCCCUAUGGGUCAAGUAGGCCCUCAACGUUUGGAAAGGUGCAAGUAGGCCCCUGACGUUUUGAAAACGUAUCACUUUUCCCCUUCACGCUAACUCCGUUUCGUUAACCGUCUCUUUUUGCCAGCGUGUUAACCUCGCUGCUGACAUGGACUAACCCCUCUGGCCAAACGUCUGCUGACGUGGAUCGAACCCCUUAAAUCAUCCCCAAAAUAAAUCACUUAACUUCUUCUUCUUCAUUUUCCCCCAAAUCUAAACCUAAAUUCAGUUUUUCUUCUUAUUUCACAAACAGAAAAAAUGGUUUACUCAACUUCAUCAUCGUCCAUCAGGAAUCGGCAAAGAACUGACGAAGAGGUGUACGAAUACGAUGGUGGUGACCGGUACUGUAGAUGCUAUUCAAACCCAAUUGCUCGAGUUUAUACUUCAUGGACUGAAAAAAAUCCUGGGCGAAGGUUCUAUGGAUGUCGAAGUUAUAAGAGAGGUGGUGGCUGUGAUUUUUUCGAGUGGUUUGAGGAGCCUAUGAGUGAUAGAGCCAAAACUGUAAUCAACGGUCUCAUUCCCCGAAGGUCUGAAGAAGCUAUCAUGAAUAAUAAUUUUUAUACUUGGAGUGAUGAAGUUGACUCACUGGCGAAUGAAAUCAGGAGUUUGAAGAUUGCAGAGGAAAGAAGAAAUGUUGAGGUGAUUUCUGCAAGGAAGAAAAUGAAGAUUGCAUACACUAUUGCUGCUAUCUCAUGGUUGGUUGUUGUAUGUAUGGUUAUGUAAUGAUGGCUAUAUAACAGAUUUCUCUAAGUUUAGGAUUAGU